AUCCUAACCUGCGACGACUUCUUCCAAGAGGAAUUCAGGAAGAAUAUUGAUCGAAAGUGGAGAAAUACUUUAAUAUAAUGAAGAAGAUUAUUAUUAAACAAGGCAGAUUAUUAAACAAGGUGAAACAAGGCUCAUAUAAUCUCACGGAAAAAUUAAAAGCGUAAAUCCAUUACCCAGUGAAAUAUAACAUAACAAAACCUCUUCUAAGAAAAGUAUCUAAGAAAUUUUUCGUGAGAAUAUGAUGGAUAGCAAUCACUGCAUGCACUUUGUUGAGCGCAAGAAGCGAUUCUGCCGCAUGACAGUGCAAAAAGGUCAUCAAUACUGCGGCGAGCAUCAACGGGAUCUCGCUGGCUCCAACAUCGGGAAUGAGAGAGUACCAUGUCCGCUGGAUCCCACACAUACAUGCUACAGAUCCAAGCUGACUAAGCACUUGGGCGUGUGCAAUGUCAAACGAAGACUGGAUGCACAGCCGACGUUCGUGGUUGAAGGAACAAACUUGGAUGAUGAGUCUAUUGAGACGCCGCCGCGCGUGCCACUGUCGCAGCUCGACGUAUCCAUCAUAAGAAUGGUGAUAAGGAAGAUUCAUGCUGCCUAUGGUAUGAUUAAAUUAUCUGCAUUCAAGCCUCAGGGUUUACAUGUAAAAUACAAAUUAAAUGAUGAAACUAGCGGCAAUAAAGUUAGAAAGCAUUUGCUCCAAAAUGCAUCUCUGCUCGGGCAUCUGGAGCAAGCUAAUCUUGUGCAAGACGACACUUGUUUCAUCGAAUUUGGAGCUGGAAAAGCUCAGUUAACAUAUUGGUUGGGACAGAUUAUAAAGGAUAAGUCAAACUCUUGCAUAUUACUAAUCGAUCGUUCUAGUCAUCGGCACAAAAGCGACAAUAAGCUUAAGAGAGAGGAAAGUCACUUCGCAGUAAAAAGGAUACGCGCCGAUAUUGCUGAUCUGCAGCUGAAUCAAAUCUCUGAGAUCCAGCCGAUCAAAUACAAGGUCGGCAUAGCAAAGCAUCUCUGCGGAACAGCCACUGACUUGGCAAUUCGUUGUUUAGUAAAGUCGAUGAAUAGCGAACCCAAGGUCAAUGUACGCGGUCUAAUCCUCGCGUUUUGUUGUCAUCAUAAGUGCGAGUACUCGUCAUACGUGGGCAGGAAGUACUUGCAACAAUGUGGCUUCACCGCGGACGAGUUUCCUGUUCUAUGCAGCAUAGUCAGUUGGGCGACUUGUGGCUGUCGUUUAAAGAGCAAUAUUAAUUUGCCAAGUGAUGCAACUUCAGACACUGCUAACAAAAUUUCCUCGAAAUUAGACGAACGUGAAGUUAUCGGGCGCAAAGCUAAAACACUGCUGAAUUGGGGUCGUUUGGUCUUUUUGAAGAGCGUUGGAUUUCAGGCUGAGCUGCUUUAUUAUAUUUCCACCGAUAUCUCGUUAGAAAAUAUGUGUGUUGUGGCUACUCGAGAAUGUUCGUCAUAACUGAAAUAUGUUGAAUUUAUUGUCAACUUGUACAUUGUCUUAAAAAUUAUUUUCAUUUUUUCUUAAUA